GAGCGGCAGGAACAUGGCGGCCGCGGUCGGGCCGGUAACGGAGAAAGUUUCCAAGGAGACUGGCCUGUGUUAGUGCCUGUGGCCUCGGGCCCUCGGACCCCCCUGCCCCCCGGCGUGCCACCUCCCAGCUCCGAGUCGCAAGCUCAGCCCCAAGGGCCCUCCCUUUACUGUGUUGGCCCCAGAGCCGACUCCGGGGGUUGAGAGAGCGUUGGUGGCGGCGGCCGAGUCAGAUUACUAUAAACAAAAAUUCCACCAGAGGAAAUGCUGAAAUAGGAGUUACGGAUACGUUGGAUUUGCUGGAUGAAAAACAAGCAGUAAAUUUUUGUACCACGGGGAGAAAGCCCAAAUUGCCAGAUUACAUGUGUAAAUCACUGCGUUACUGCUUUAGUCAUUGUCUGUAUUUAGCAAUGACAAGACUGGAAGAAGUCAACAGAGAAGUGAACAUGCAUUCUUCAGUGCGUUAUCUUGGCUAUUUAGCCAGAAUCAAUUUAUUGGUUGCUAUAUGCUUAGGUCUUUAUGUAAGAUGGGAAAAAACAGCAAAUUCCUUAAUUUUGGUAAUUUUUAUUCUUGGUCUUUUCGUUCUUGGAAUUGCCAGCAUACUCUAUUAUUAUUUUUCAAUGGAAGCAGCAAGUUUAAGUCUCUCCAAUCUUUGGUUUGGAUUCUUGCUUGGCCUCCUAUGUUUUCUUGACAAUUCAUCCUUUAAAAAUGAUGUGAAAGAAGAGUCAACCAAAUAUUUGCUUCUAACUUCCAUAGUACUAAGGAUCUUAUGCGCUUUGGUGGAGAGAAUUUCUGGGUAUGUCCAUCAUCGACCCACUUUACUAACCACAGUUGAAUUUCUGGAACUUGUUGGAUUUGCUAUUGCCAGCACAACCAUGUUGGUGGAGAAGUCUCUGAGUGUCAUUUUACUUGUUGUAGCUUUGGCCAUGCUGAUUAUUGACCUGAGAAUGAAGUCUUUCUUAGCUAUUCCAAACUUAGUUAUUUUUGCAGUCUUGCUGUUUUUCUCCUCAUUGGAAACUCCCAAAAAUCCAGUUGCUUUUGCAUGUUUUUUCAUCUGCCUGAUAACUGACCCUUUCCUUGACAUUUAUUUUAGUGGACUUUCAGUGACUGAAAGGUGGAAACCCUUUUUGUACCGUGGAAGAAUAUGCAGAAGACUUUCAGUCGUUUUCACAGGAAUGAUUGAACUUACCUUUUUUAUUCUUUCAGCAUUUAAACUUAGAGAUACUCACCUCUGGUAUUUUGUAAUACCAGGCUUUUCCAUUUUUGGAAUUUUCUGGAUGAUUUGCCAUAUUAUUUUUCUCUUAACUCUUUGGGGAUUCCAUACCAAAUUAAAUGACUGCCAUAAAGUAUAUUUCACCCACAGGGUAGAUAACAAUAGCCUUGAUAGAAUCAUGGCAUCCAAAGGGAUGCGUCACUUUUGCUUAAUUUCAGAGCAGUUAGUUUUUUUUAGUCUUCUUGCAACAGCGAUUUUAGGAGCAGUUUCCUGGCAGCCAACAAAUGGAAUCUUCUUGAGCAUGUUUCUGAUAGUUUUACCAUUGGAAUCCAUGGCUCAUGGACUCUUCCAUGAAUUGGGUAACUGUUUAGGAGGAACAUCUGUUGGAUAUGCUAUUGUGAUUCCCACCAACUUUUGCAGUCCUGAUGGUCAGCCAACACUUCUUCCCCCAGAACAUGUACAGGAGUUAAAUUUGAGGUCUACUGGCAUGCUCAAUGCUAUCCAAAGAUUUUUUGCAUAUCAUAUGAUUGAGACCUAUGGAUGUGACUAUUCCACAAGUGGACUGUCUUUUGAUACUCUACAUUCCAAACUGAAAUCUUUCCUUGAACUUCGGACUGUGGAUGGACCUAGACAUGAUACGUAUGUUUUGUAUUACAGUGGGCACACCCAUGGCACGGGAGAGUGGGCUCUUGCAGGUGGAGACAUACUGCGCCUUGACACACUUUUAGAAUGGUGGAGAGAAAAGAAUGCCUCCUUCUGUUCUCGCCUUAUUAUCGUAUUAGACAGUGAGAAUUCAACUCCGUGGGUGAAAGAAGUGAGAAAAAUCAAUGAUCAGUACAUUGCGGUGCAAGGAGCAGAGAUGACAAAGACCAUAGAUAUUGAAGAAGCUGACCCACCACAGCUGGGUGACUUUACAAAGGACUGGGUAGAAUAUAACUGCAACCCCAGUAAUAACAUCUGCUGGACUGAAAAGGGACGCACUGUGAAAGCAGUCUACGGUGUGUCAAAGCGGUGGAGUGACUACACUCUGCAUCUGCCAACAGGCAGCGAUGUGGCCAAGCACUGGAUGUUACACUUUCCUCGUAUUACAUAUCCACUGGUGCAUUUGGCAAAUUGGUUGUGCGGUCUGAACCUUUUUUGGAUCUGCAAAAGUUGUUUUAGGUGUUUGAAAAGAUUAAAAAUGAGUUGGUUUCUUCCUACUGUGCUGGACACAGGACAAGGCUUCAAACUUGUCAAAUCUUAAUUUGGAACCCAAAGUGGAAUAUUAUUGAGAGUUCAUACUACCGGUUUCCACUAACUUGCCAUUUUUUGUAUAUGGUUUUUUUAUUUGUGAAAAAUACCUUGCUACUUCUGUAGCUGCUCUCACUUUGUCUUUUCUCAAGUAAUUAUGGUGUAUGUAAGAUGUUGGGAAUAAGCAUUUUAUCCUACAAGUAUGUAAGGAGUCAUAAAUGCUGAUGCUGUGUAAAUGCAUCACAGAGGUUAAAAAUAACUGCACUUUGAGGAAUGUUUGCAUAUGCCUCUGAUUAGAAAGAAAACACUUGUCUGUGCUCUGCAGUGGCCAAUGAGGAAUUAAUAAUGCCUUAUUUUCUAGGCAUAGAUUAGAGAUUGUAGACCAGACCGUUUACUAUUAUAAGAAAAUUUCCAAUUUGCUUACAAAAAGAUUUUUUUUUUUUUGUCAACAGUAGGUUUGAGUCCAAGACCUUUUGAAGAAUUACAAACUCUUUCUUAAAAAAGGAUAAAGGGAGAAGCCUGAAAUGAGUACAAAAAUUUGCUUAUAGUCUACCAUUCAGAUGUCUUGGUUGUGGCCUAUUACCAGUGUAGUAGUAAAGCCCAAAAGACUGUUGAGAUCAAAACAUUCUUCCUGUAGGUAACUGUAAGAGGCUAGAAGCCUACAGAUCGCUCCUUCCUGCAUUGUUGGGGUGGAGGGAGGGGCUCUGAAAGCACUGGCAAUUUUAAGAGUCUUUCUCAGGGUAACUGUUUUAAUGAACAAUGUUUCCAGCUACAAAUUCCUUCCAAAUAAAUUGUCUUCCCUUUCGAAAAGUAAACUUUUUAAAAAUUUAGCAAUUUCUCAUUGAUUGAGGCUAUUUUCGCUAUUCAGAAAUGAUUUUGAUCUCUAUGGAAUUAAUGCUCUGCCAUGAAAAUUAUCUUUCAGAUCUCUCAUUAGUGAUGACAUUUUUUUCUACAGAAGGUCAAAGGAUUGAAAACAGGUCAUUUUUUUUCUUGUAUACAUGUAAUGUAUUAUGUAAAAAAAGUAUUCGUAUUGGCAAUUUUAGUUUGCCAGUGUUUAGUUUUAGUUUGCAUAAUGGUGUGGUUGUAAUUUUUAAAACUUAAUUCAGUGUUUUAUCUGAUUAAAGCAGGCACUGAUCAGGGUAUCCCCUAAGAGGUAAUUUACCCCCUGUUCCCUUCCAGUAAUCCUUACAUUCUAAAUUUUCAUAUCUGAGAAAUAACAAGAGAGGAGUAGAAGUAAAUUAGGGGAUAAUCUAAUCUUUGUUGUUUAAAGUGUGACUUCUCACCACUGAAGCCAUUUUUCCAUCCUCAGAGAGAGGAACUAAUGCCUCUACCAUUUUCUACCUGGUGACUUGAACAUUGAAGUUUUUGUUAGGUAGAAGUCACUUAGUGUCAGGGAACUUGUAUACCACUAUCUAUGCAGCCUUGUUACAGUCUGAUGAUUUCUGUGUUUUGAACAUGAUUUUCCUAAUACUUUGAAUAAAAUUUUAAAAAUUUUUCAUGUAAUGUGCAAAAAAACAGUUACUGAAUAAUUUUAAUAUAUUAAAAGUGAUAGUCAUAAAAAAUGCCCAUGUGUUAUUAGAGUUCAUGGUUGGUAGGUUGAUUUGAAAUUUUCCAAGAUUUGGUUACAUAUUUAUAUCAACAUUAUCCAAAUGAAAUAGUUUAAUGUUUCAUUACUAUCCAGAAUUAGUAUAAGCAGAAAAGUCGUGUUAAAAUUAUGAGCUUUUAGCUACAAAAAAAUAACAUUAAGUAAAAUCUUUUAAAUUUCCAAGCCAAUAUUGAGCAAAUUAGCUUUAAUUAAAGCAUAUAUCUUUACUCUGAGAAAGCCAAAUAUAAAGGUAUAUUCUGCAUUCUGUAUAAAGUAAGAUGGUACUAAAAAUCCGAUUCAAAAGGUAGCAGACUUUACAGCCACAAAGCUAGUGUUCUGAUAUCCAUUUUCUAUGACCAGAAAAGUUCUGAGCUAAAAAUGUGAUUCAAGCCAAUUAAUAACCACAAAGUCACAGAAUAUCCAAUCCACUUUGAUGAAUUCCCCUCCCAAACAAAAAACUAUAAAAUGACAAGAGGUGGCAUCCUAAAUUAAAGCUGCCAUUUUAAAACAUUAAAGUAACUGACAGAAUAUAAAGAACAUUAUAGGAGGGAUAAAUUGAUUGGUUACUCUAACUUAAAGAUUAAAAACUAUAUCUGACAAUUAGUAAGGAUAAUUUUCUCAUGGCUUUCAUUUUAUAUACCAUAUGUUUACAAAGGAGUUACUGGGAGUGAUAGGAUUACUUUAGGGCAAAACUUUAUCACCCCACUAAAAAAUAGUUAACAUGGAGAUGUUUUUCAACAUAAUGUUGAUUUAAUUUUUCUUAUACGAUACCUUGCUGAAACCAGAAAAACACUACCCCCUAAAAACAUCUUUUAAAAAACUAUAUACUGUUUGUGAUGAAUUAAGGAGCCAAGUUCUUUCUCUUCUUAUAAUUUUUCAGUUAUGCUAUUAUUUCAUUAAGAAUUUUUGUUUUAGUUUGCUCUGACUAAACUCUUCUUCCCUGGGAUAUUUGGAUUUAUCUUUGCAUAGCUUUCUAUCUUGCUCUUAGUACAGAAUUGUACAGAAGACCAUUUUUAUGAGCAGUGUUUUCGUAAGUUUAUUAAAAGUUGCAUUACUAAUUAAAAUGCAUUUAUAUUGAAUGCAUUAGUGGGUAGAUCUUUUUUAAGUAAAAUCUUCAUUAGAAUCUAUUUGUAACUUAAAUUAGAAUCUAUUUGUAACUCUACAUUUUGUUUGUUAAGUUUGGCCUAAAUAUAUUUGCUGUUGUGGG